AAACGAAGAGGGCACCAUCGUCCCGAGACCACCGCGGGGGGCACACACGUGUGGCGGGCGGAAGUCAACGGGACCGAAUCGCCGCCAUCUUUGAUAGGGGCGCACGCACUUCCGGCCACUCGGCGGAAGCGGGGCCGCUCUCCGGAGCGAAGUAGACAACGCUGUCCCCGUGGGCUGCAGCGCGCGUGGCCGGUCCCCACGGGACCCCUCGGCCGCCUCGAGAGGCCGGCAUGGCGGAGGAGAGCGCCGCGGGCGCCGUGCACUUGCUCUGCCUCGCCGCCUCCAGCGGAGUCCCUCUAUUCAGCCGCAGCAGCCGCGGAGGUGCCCCCUCCCGGCAGCAGCUGCCCUUUUCCAUCAUCGGCUCCCUCAAUGGCGUGCACAUGUUCGGCCAGAACCUGGACGUGACGCUGCGCUCCGCGCGCACCGAGGACUCGGCCGUGGUCUGGAAGACUUUCCACGACAGCAUCACCCUCAUCGUGCUGUCUUCGGAGCUGGGGUGUGCGGAGCUCAGACUGGAGCGCUUGCUGGAGCUGGUGUUUGGGGCCAUGGUCCUCCUGGUUGGCCUUGAAGAGUUGACCAAAAUCCGUAACGUGGAAAGGCUGAAGAAGGACCUGAGGGCCACCUAUGGCCUCAUCGACAGCCUCCUGGUGGACACAGAGCUGGCCGGGGACCUGACCCAGUGCGUGGACUGCAUCAUCCCCACACAUGGGCCGCUGCUGCAGGAGGCCCUGGCAGGCUUCGCCGAGGAGAUGGGCAGCGUCUUCGCCAGCCUGGUGGCAGGCGGCCGGGUGGUAGUGGGGACGGAAGGUUGGUGGCGCCUCGGGGCACCAGAGGCAGUGUUGCUGCCCUGGCUUGUGGGCACCCUCCCGUUCCAGGCCGCUCGUGAUUACCCUGUUUAUCUGCCCCACGGGAGCCCCAUGGUGCCUCACCGGCUACUGACGCUGACGCUACUGCCCGGCCUGGAGCUGUGUGUGCUCUGUGGGCCUCAGCCGCCCCUGAGCCAGGUGGAGCCUCAGGUCCUGGAACGCUGGUGGCAGCCCCUGCUGGAGCCACUGAGGGCCUGCCUGGCCCUCACACCCCGGGGCAUUCCUGCAGGCUUCCCCCUGCACCCUGACAUUCUGGGGCUCCUUCUCCUGCACCUGGAACAGAGACGUGGCCUCUUCACAGUGGACCUUGGUGGAGAGGAAGGUCCUUCUCCCAGUGCCCGCCGGCGCCUCCUCCGCUCCUUCUACGUGCUGGUCACUGCCACCCACUUCCCCCCAGAGGAAAAGGCCGAGGAGCCAGGGUGCCCCACGGGGGUUCCACGGGCCUGCUACGUGGUGUGUGGGGCAGCUGCGGAAGGGCCACAGGGCCGACAGGAUCCCGGGGCUGGGCUCAGGCUGGUGGCAGUGCAGGCAGGGCCCCGCCGCCUCCUGCUGCUGGUGAGUGCCCGGAGCCCAACAUACGCCCUGCGGGGUCUGGCCACUCGGACUCUGCACGCUCUUACGCCACUCCUCUAAACCCCAAUAAAGGGCCCAGACCUGCCACUG